CCCGUGUAUAUGAGCAACACUCUGUCUGUGAACUUGACUUAGGCCUGCAUGUUAGCGCGGGCUACGUCUGUAUUCUGUCUGCUGCAUUGAACACACCGUGUCCGAAACAGGCCGUGGAACAGGAAACAUAAUAAUAUUCAUGCAUUUGAGUGAUUUGGGUUUCUUAUGCAAGCUAGCAGAACAGUUUCAAAAUACGCGGUGGAUCAACAAUGGCUUCGACAUCAAUAUCGUCGUCAGAGGAGGAGGCGUGGAAGAACGUGAAGGAGGUCGUGGGUAAAUGUGGUGAUCAGGCCUCAAUCAACCAAGGCUACACGAAGUGGAACGAUUACGAAAAGGAUAUGGCAGCUUUAUCCUACCAAGCUCCUACAGAAGCAGUUAAUAGAGUGAUGUCAUGGGUUCCUGAUAAAGGAUCAAGGAUUCUCGACUUUGGGUGUGGCACGGGACUGGUGGCUGAUCUGCUACAUGACAAUGGCUACACAAGUGUACAUGGCGUUGAUCCUGUCGAGAAACUGAUUGAGACAUGUACCAAGAAAGGAACGUACACCUCGACAACGGUUUUGGAAAUUGACCCCGUCACCAAAAUUCCUUUUGAAAAUGAUUAUUUUGAAGCAGUCGUUUCGUCAGGCGUCUUUGGUAAGGGUGGGGCCGGUGGCGACAUUUCACCUUACACUGAGAUAGUUCGUGUUCUGCGACCAGGUGGCUUCUUCGUAAAUUUCAUAAGGGAAAGUAACUGGGAAUAUCGGCGCAAAGACGAACUCAACCAAAGAGAGGUGUACGACAAGCUGUGUGCCGACGGAGUUCUGAGCAUGCGCUCACGGGACAAAUGCGACUACUACAAGACGUCAACACCAUUACCUGGAAUGGUAUUAGUCGUGGAGAAAAAUUGA